CGGAGUGUAUAUAAGUCAAAAUGAUUUAUUUUUUUAUAGCCAAAGUAUUGUGAUGAUUUUAUUGUCUUGGGAUACAAUUUGUUUAUUAGUUUAGUGAUUAUUAUUUUUUAAUAUUCGCGAGGUGUUAGUUAUAGUGUUUGAUAUACUAACUACUUAACCGAUGGAAGCAGCAGCGAUGGCGCCUACAUCUAAAGCUCUGCCUAACAAUACUGCAGCUGCUUCAGAUGUAUCUUUGCGCUUUUAUUCGUUCUUGCCUUGCACACAGCCAAAAAAAACUCUGACCAACAGUUCAAAAACAAGUGGUUAUAGCACGGAUACAAGUGGUGUGCUUGUUAUCAACGAUAGCGACGAUGAAGACUCAUCGACUAUAUCUGCCGCUUCAGAGCCACAAUUUGAGUUUUUAUGCGAAAUAGAUGUUGACAAAAAUGUUGCGCUUCCACGACCUAUCGAGCUAAAAGUGGAGUGUAAAAAGGAGCCCAACCAUGAUUACAUUAAUCAACAGCACCAGCAGCAAAAGGAUAAAAUAUGUAAUGAAAAAAAUCAAUCAUCAAUUCAUACAGCAGCGACAACGGAUUAUAGUGAUUGUGAGGAUGAGCUUUUAGCAUUGUGUAAAAUUGAGCCAGUUUGUGAUCUAAACGAAGUCUUGCCACAUACAACGAACGCCGAACAUGAGAACAAUCACUAUAUUUACUUCAUCUGCCCACAAUGUGGUGAACGCUACGAUGCACAUUCACAUUGGCGGCGCCACAUAGAGAUGGUGCAUCAGUUGGGCGAUAAUAGAAAUUGGAAUUUCAAACGGCGACCGAACAAUGAGUUCGAAUGUGCCAAAUGCCACGAAACGUUUACACGUUGUACGCUAAAAACAUUGCAACAGCAUCACUUUACACACUUGCCGCACAAAGUGUAUCAUUGCAAAUUGUGUCCGUACCAGGAGCAUAGUAUGUUUUUGUUGAUUUCGCAUAUUAUGUUGCACAAGGAGAGAGAUGCCAGCUGCAGCGCUAGUGUCAAAAAUAGUAAUGACGCGCCGACAGCACGUGAAAUAGCGCUGUGGGAGCACGAGAGUCGCGCUUUAAUUUCAUACAUAUGUCCGGCUUGCGGUUUAACUUUUGAGACCGAGGAUGCUUGGCAGGCGCACAUAAAUUUUAGUCACAACUUCCUAGAAAAGACGGCGGAAAAUCGUUUCGGUGAUCAUUUCAAAUGCUCCGAAUGCUCGGUCGAGAUCUUCUCGCAGCACAUUGCCGAUCUGCAGCAACAUCUAUUCACACAUCUACCCUUCAAAUCAUAUUUCAAAUGCAAAAUAUGCAGUUUUACUAUAUCGCGACGAAACUUCAUGCUCUCUCACAUAUUGAACUUACACAAAGCACAUUUAACACCCAGCGCCAUUCCAAGUGGCGACACCGUUUUAACGCCAGCCACAUCAACCACAACAUCAGUUACCGGUGUAUCACCUGCAGUCGUCACAACAACCACAACGAUCACCUCAUCGCCUGGCGAAAGCAUAAACGACAGUCAUAUUUCAUCUGGUAGUUUGGUGGAAUCCGAGGAUAUAAAUGCAAAUUCCAUAAGUGUUUAUAAUGAUGGAAGAAGCUUGCGUAGAAUUUCAGUGCCAUCUCAGCCCAUGAACAUUACAUAUGCCAACAGCGAUCUGCUAAAGAUGCCGUUUAAAGUGACUAAAAGCAAAGGCUCUUUUAGAUGUAGGAAAUGCACCAAACAUUAUAUGUAUCGAAAGAGUUACGAUAAGCAUAUCCGUUACUGCAGCCUUAUGAAUUCAACGUUUUAAGUGAUAUGCAGGCUGUAUUGAAAUUGCUUAGCAAACAUACAAACAUAUUUAGGCAUAUACAUGUAUGUCUAUAACGUGGGUGUGCCAGGCAUCACUAGAAUAACCAAAAGUCAUAAAUAACAAAGAGUAACGUAUAAUUUUUUUCUCACUCACAUUCCAUUUUCAAGCAUCUACAUUUCAUUUACGCGUGUGCAUGUGCUUGCCUGUGUGUGUGUGUGUGUGUAUAGUUUGGUGUGUGGCAAGUCAAUAUUUUUUUAACAUACACAUACAGUUAUAUUUUCACUUAGCAUUGUUUUAAAUGAUAAGCUUUUUAGAUAGUUAGCACUACGUUGCAGUUGAAAUCUCACACCUCCACCCACGCACACACACACACUAACACACAUAAGUAUAUAUAUUUAUUAAACUGUAAGCUAUUCUUUAACUAUUGUUUCCUGUUUUGACUAUAAUUUAAGUGAAAAUUACUUUUAUUAUAUAAAUUUUUUGUUACAUAGAUUCUAGAUAUAUUGAUUUAUGGAAAUAUUUUCAUCAUUUACAAUUUCGGGCGAACGGAAAAGACAUUAUCCUCCUAACUUGUAUUAAGCUGCGUUAAGUACAAAACUUGAAAAUGUGUAUUUUUUCAAAUCAGAAAACAAUGAAAUAAAAACAACACAAUGAAUUUUUGCGUAAAAAAUAUUUCUAUAAUAAUAUUUCCAUACAUUUUAUGCUUAUUCUAAAAUAUAUAUGUAUGUAUGUCUAUAUGUAUAUAUGGGUACAUGUGAUUCGAGCAUCAAUCGUGAUAAAAAAUUUAAAUAUUAGCACAACACAUUCGUAUACAUUUGCAUACAUUUCACAUUGAAUAUUGUUCUAAACAAAGCGCCACGCCGUAAACACACCGUGAGCAUUUUCAAAAAAUCGUAGCCGUAAGCAAAACUUUAAACACAUACACACCGAGCGUGUCAACACAAUGUAUACGCUUAGUAUUCGCCAUAAACAGUUUACAGUGACGUCACAUAUCGUUCAAGUUGCGAUUCUCAUUUCGUCCGAAAUUCGUGUCGCGCAAAUAGUGUGCGGUCUGCUCGCUUAUCAGCGACAUCACAAUCGUUUUAAGGCUCAGCACCGAGGCUAACUUGUACUUGAGCGCCACCGACUUGACCAAAGCCACCAAUUGCGCCAAAUGCUCAUCCAUGCGCGCGCCGAUGCGAUGAUGCUGCGCGUACAGUUGAAAGCUAGUUGUGAAUAAAUUCAAUUUAGUUUGUUAGUGUUUUGAGUUUCGAAAUGAAGUUUAUAAACAAAUGUGUAAAUAAUAAAAAGCAAAAACAAUUUGCUUAACAUUCAUAAACUUAUUUGAAUUGAAAUAACCAAACUGUCUUAGAAGAAGUAACUACACAGCUAAUACAGUAAUCUUUAAAUGACGCCUAAAUGUAUGCUAAGAAGUAGUGUUAGUUAACGCGCUGCUAUUAGCGGUGAUUCGUUAUUUUAUUUGCUGUUGGAAAUUUAAUUUAUUUUUACGUUGAACUUUUAAGAUUUCGCAAAUGUUUUUUUUCUUAAUAAAUAUUAAUUAAUUUAUAAAAAAAAUAAUAA